AAAGUUCCGUAUUAUAUUACUAUGUAAUCGACAGGGGUUUUUUCAAAACCCAUUUCAGCGCUCCAAACCAUUCCCAACCCUUGCUCUGCAAUCUUCGAGACCGACGCUCUCCUUGCUUCAAUCAUCAUCUGGACAGGGUACCAUCGUCUCCAUCAUCAACCCCAUUCUCCCCAUUCAUUGCAUUGAACCUAGAGUGAGAAUGAAGAACAGAAAGAGGUCUCGAGCUAGUGAGGAUGCGGGGCCUACAGAGGAUAGACACCGGCGAUUACAUGCUUCUAGCCGGCGCGGCGAUCAUGCUGCGACCUCUCACGCGGUUGAGGCUUCAGCUCCAGCUCCAGUUGAUUCUAUGCAGUCGCCCAUGGUAGAGGCUUCAGCUCCAGCUCCAGUUGAGCCUACUGAUCGAGUUCCUACUCCGCCGUCUCCCAUGGUUGAGGUACCUCGCCAUGAGUCACCAGGCGAGGAGUCAUCAGGCGAGGAGUCAUCCGGCGAUGAGUCAUCCGGCGAUGAGUCAUCCGACGAGGAGUCAUCCGGCGAGGAGGGGUCAUAUGACGAGGAUAGUAUUCCUCCUCCUGAUGUUGAUGCUGAUGUCGUGCCAGAGGCUCAGGGUGGCGAGGAGGACCUGAUCCAGAGGUUGCCGCCGUUUCCGGGGGGGCCUGUUGAUCUGUCGCUUCUCACGCAUUAUGCUGAUCACAAGGCUCCCUGGACGUGGCAUGCACUCCUACGCACAGACGAGCGGUAUGUGGACCGUCGACACUUGAGGGUGGCCACAGCUGGGGGGAAGGUUUGGAACCUUGCUUGUGAUGGUGAUUCAGACAGUCACAGGAGGGUUCGAGAGUUGAUUGAGCAGACGGGUCUUCAUCAGCUACCCUGGUGCAGCUACUCGGAGACAGAUGCAGGCCUCAUUUUGGCCCUUGUGGAGCGAUGGCAUGAGGAGACUAGUAGCUUCCACAUGCCGUUUGGGGAGAUGACCAUCACCCUGGACGACGUGUCGGCUCUUCUCCAUCUCCCAAUGGGGUCGAGGUUCUAUACGCCUGGGAGGGGGGAGAGGGACGAGUGUGCAGCGCUAUGUGCUGAGUUGAUGGGAGGAUCUGUUGCUCGUUAUCAUGCUGAGUUUGAUAAGAACAGGAGCCAGACUAUUCGCUUUGGGGUCUUGCAGACCCUGUAUGAUGCUGCGUUGGAGGAGCACCGAUAUGAGGACGCUGCACGGAUUUGGCUGGUGAACCAGCUAGGCGCGACGCUCUUUGCUAGCAAGAGCGGUGGAUACCACACGACCGUCUACUGGAUAGGUAUGUUGCAGGAUCUCGGUCGAGUGUCCGAGUACGCGUGGGGCGCGAUUGCGCUCGCUACGUUGUACGACCAGCUUGAUCGAGCGUCCAGGAGGGGGACGGCCCAGAUGGGAGGUUUCAGCUCACUCUUGCUAGGAUGGGCCUACGAGUACCUUUCUGAUCGCGUCAUUAUCCGGAGGGCGGAUCCGGAGUACUCGCAGGACCAGCCUAGGGCGCGGCGGUGGGUUAUGUCCCGGGUCGGGCAUGCAGGCCUCGAUGAGAGGCGAGUCAUGCUCGAUGAGCUGACGGUGGAUGACAUUAUAUGGACCCCAUUUGAGGACCAUCGGGCUCAUCGACCACGGGAUCAGAGGGCCAUGUAUUCUGGCUACAUCCGGACGCCAUUUGGCCGUGUUGUUCGACGACAUCUACCAGAGAGGGUUCUGCGCCAGUUUGGCUACAUCCAGGAUGUCCCUCGACACCCCUCCGAGAUCCAGACGACUGGGUCCCUUGCUGAGACCGCAGAUGCUGCCUAUGCUGAUUUUGUGCCGCACCUGCGCCCUCAGGGGAUCCCUGCUACUCAUUCGGGAGAGGCUGUGGAGGAGUACAUGAGGUGGUAUGGCGGUGUGUCCCAUCGGUUCAUCAUCCCUGAUGAUAGGAGGGAGGAGUUCAGUGCUGUGACGGUUGUGCGUCGGGUCGUGGACUUGUUGGAGCAGUCACUGGAGGUGCCAGAUGCUCUUGCAGUUGGCACGCAUGCCCGAUCCCUCACUGAGAGGGCGCUGAAUCUUAUUAGAUCCAGCGCAUUCAUCGGUACCCAGGGAGUAGCCUUUGCUGCUGUCCGAGGAGCUGGAGCUGCAGGAGGCAGAGGUCGUGGAGGUAGAGCGCGUGGAGGCAGAGCCCGUGGAGGCAGAGCCCGUGGAGAGGGUGCACCUGCAGAGGGCGCUCGUGGAGGCAGAGCUCGUGGACCUAGAGGUCGGAGGGGUGGCGGUAGGGGUCGGGGCGAGUGACUGUAUAUUUGUAUAUAUUUUUUUGUGUACUUUUAUAUUAUGACAUGUGACGACAUUGUAUGGACUCUUUUUAUAUUAACCACGCUUUCUAUUUCCACC